CCACGGGAAGACCCAAGACGAGUGCCCUGUCCGUGACGGCCACGACAAACUCCAAGUGCAAAUAAAAUCUGGCAUUCCAUACGCUCGGCCGGCUGCAUAGUGCGCAGUGCUGCUAGCUUUAGCCGCGAAGCUCAAAGCCAGUUUCCUCAGGAGAGCGAGAGUGCAGCAUCAGAGUCAGAGCAUCUAUCUCUUCUUGGCUUCUCCAAGGGCGAACAAGAACAAGAGCCAUGGGCGCGAGCCGUCUUGAGCAAACCAAUGCUCUCUUCAGGAAAAAUCUUGUAAUCCAGAGGCGUGCCUGCAAGACGAACUGCUGCCUGAUCAUGUUUCCGCUGCUCUUCUGCUCCGUCAUCGGCGGCCUACAGAUCGCCAUCAACCGCGCAUCGGCAUCGUCGCGGGGAGAAGACGGAGGUGCUACUCCUGCUACCCAUCUCGACUGCAGCUGCAGCAACGUCAGCGUCGACGAGAACGCGAUGGGAGGCAUAGAAUGCCCAUACGCGUACGCGUACCAGUGCCCGUUGCCUCGCGCGCCCAAACAGCCCCCUUUCCUCAAGAUCCCAUUUGCCAAGUACCGGGCGGUUCAAGAUGGGCUCUUCCCGUACACUGAUCUCCCAGAUGCGUCGUGCAGAGUCGAUGAGUCUUGCGCGGCAACAUUCCUUGUCACUGGUAGCAACCACUCUUUUGUAGAAAGUGUGAUAGACAAUAUUUUCCCUGCUCAAAAUUCUUCAGUGAACUUGUCAGCCGAUAUUUCUGCGUUGUCUGAUUUUGUUCUGGCAGAUUAUGGAGGAUCUUUUCUUCAGAACAAGUGCUUCCCUAACUUGACACUUUCUUAUCCAGUUCAACAUGGCAAUCGUACCGUGAGUCAAGAUGUGCAAUGCACAGAAGGAUUAGUGCUCUGGCGUGAUAGUUCAAGGCUAAUUAAUGAUGAAUUAUAUGGAGGUUAUUACCAAGGGAAUAAUAACCAUAAGUUUGAUGCAAUUGCUGCAGCAUAUGAUUUCUUAAGUUCUGAUCAGAGCAACUUCAACCUGGCCAUCUCAUACAACUCCACAAAGAACUAUGAUUUUUAUGAUGAAUCAGACCAAUCUGUCCCUGUGCUUAAUAAUCAAGCAGGUCCAGUGCAAACAGCUAAUUCGGAUCAAGUCCCACGAUUAGCUAAUAUGGCCUCAAAUGCAUACCUUCAUUUAAAGGGUAAUGGUCUCAAGAUGUCAUUUGAAUUUGUGAAAGACAUGCCUAGAGCAGCUCUACCAGCUGUACACAAUGACCAGUUUGAUCUGGCUCCAUAUAUAGGGCAGCUACCUUUUGUAUGGACUAUGGAGCUUCUUUUUCCGGUAAUUUUGACAAACCUUGUAUACGAGAGACAAAAUAAGCUAAGGAUAAUGAUGAAGAUGCAUGGUCUUGGAGAUUUACCGUAUUGGACUAUAUCCUAUUUCUAUUUUCUACUAUUGUCGCUGCUUUAUGUGCUGUCCUUCAUGCUAUUUGGUUCUGCCCUUGGUUUAACAUUCUUCCGCCAGAACAACUAUGGCGUGCAGUUCGUAUUCUUUUUUGCUUACAUGAACUUGCAAAUUUCAUUUGCAUUUCUUAUGACAACAUACUUCUCUAGUGUGAGGACAGCUACUGUGACAGGAUAUUUGUACAUAUUUGUGUCUGGCCUUUUGUCACAAUUUAUAUUCAGAUACUAUGUUGAAGAUGCUAACCUCUCAAGAAGCUGGAUCACACUUAUGGAACUUUUACCUGCAUUUUCCUUAUACCGAAUUGUCUAUGAAUUCUCGCGAUUUGAAUGGCUUGGAAAUUAUAUGGCCUUCUCGGGGAUUCAAUGGACUGAUAUGACUAAUCCAGAGAAUGGAUUAGCAGGUGUGCUUACCAUUAUGGUACUAGAAUGGUUCGUAUUCCUUUUAUUUACAUUCUAUUUGGACCGUUUUUGUUCCUUCAAAGACGGAAUGAGAAAAGCAGCAGUAUUUGUUCGCUCCCGCAUAAAUGGGAACCAUGUUGAAACUGCUCAGCAGCAGAACAUACAACUUCAGGAGUUCAGAGCUUCCGUUGAAAUGGAGAGAACAGAUGUCAUCAAAGAGAGAGAGAUAGUUGGACAUAUAUCAGAAGAAUCUCGCAGAAGCUAUUCAGUCAUAUGCGACAAUCUUGAGAAAGUGUACCGUGGAAAAGAUGGAAAUGCAAAUAAAAUUGCAGUUAGAGGGAUAUCCAUUUCUAUGUCACGUGGUCAGUGUUUUGGUGUUCUUGGUCCAAAUGGUGCGGGAAAGACCACUAUGAUUAACAUGCUGACUGGGUUUUGUAAACCUACCUCUGGCACCGCAUACAUUGAAGGGAUGGACGUACGCUUCGACAUGGACAGAAUAUAUACAGGAAUUGGUGUUUGUCCACAGGAUGACUUGCUAUGGGAAAACCUGACUGGUCGCGAGCAUUUGUUGUUCUAUGGCAGGCUUAAGAAAUUAAAGGGUGCAGCAUUAGUUGAGGCUAUUGAACAAUCUUUGAGAAGCAUGCACUUGCUUGCCGGUGGUGUUCCUGAUAAACUCGUUGGAAAGUACAGUGGUGGUAUGAAACGUCGUCUCAGUGUUGCUAUCUCUCUAAUUGGUGAUCCUAAGGUUGUUUAUAUGGAUGAACCAAGCUCUGGCUUGGAUCCAGCAUCAAGGAAAAACUUGUGGAAGGCUGUCAAGUCUGCGAAACAGGAUAGGACAAUAAUUCUCACAACGCACUCGAUGGAAGAGGCUGAUGUCUUGUGCGACCGGAUCGGAAUCAUCGCAAAUGGUAGCCUGCAGUGCAUUGGGAGCUCCAAAGAGCUGAAAGACAGGUAUGGAGGCUCAUGCGUGCUGACAGUAACAACUCCGGCCGGCGAGGAGGAGGAGGAGGAGGUCGAGAGGCUGGUGCAGUCCAUCUCGCCCGCGGCCAACCGGGUGUACCGCGUCUCGGGAACGCAGAAGUUCGAGAUGCCGAAGCAGGGGAUGAAGAUCUCCGUGGUUUUCGGGGCCAUGGAGCAGGCGAAGAGCAGCCUGCACAUCCUCGCCUGGGGCCUCGCUGAUACGACGCUGGAAGACGUCUUCGUCAGAGUGGCCAAGCAGAGUGACAUGUCCACUGUGACCUGAUGACAGACUGAUCCGUCCCUGGUGUGCUGCAUAUGCGUUGUCUGAAUUCUCUGAAACCGGUAGUAUAUGAUCAAUCAUGCACGAACAUAUAGUCUGUAGCUAGCUACAAAAUAUAUACUAAUUUACGAUAAUAUGUAUACAUAUUUACGAUAGUCGGGUUACAUAACACAUGGAGAUAUUUACCGUAA